GACACAUUAACAAGCCUCAGAGACAGAGAGAGUCAGAGAGCAAGAGAGAGAGAGAGAAGUCGAGAUGUUCUUCCACAUAGUAUUGGAGCGGAACAUGCAGUUGCAUCCUCGUUUCUUUGGUCGAAACCUUCGUGAAAACCUCGUAUCUAAGCUCAUGAAAGAUGUCGAAGGCACUUGCAGUGGCCGUCAUGGAUUUGUAGUGGCGAUAACUGGAAUAGAGAGCAUAGGAAAGGGUUUGAUCAGAGAUGGGACUGGUUUUGUCACCUUUCCAGUUAAAUACCAAUGCGUCGUUUUCAGACCUUUCAAAGGAGAGAUUUUGGAAGCUGUUGUCACUUUGGUCAAUAAGAUGGGAUUCUUCGCUGAAGCUGGCCCUGUUCAGAUUUUUGUGUCUAAGCAUUUGAUACCAGAUGAUAUGGAGUUUCAAGCUGGAGACAUGCCUAAUUAUACCACAUCAGAUGGAUCAGUUAAGAUCCAGAAGGAAUGUGAAGUGAGACUAAAGAUUAUUGGAACAAGAGUCGAUGCCACUGAGAUUUUUUGUGUGGGCACCAUCAAAGACGAUUUUUUGGGAGUUAUAAACGAUCCUGCAGCGGCAUAAAAGUUUCAAGCAGAUUUCGAUUUUGGUCUUCUUUCUUUCACAGAGAAUGCUGUCUUGUGAUAAAGUUGUAUUAUAGUUGAAGUUUGGAUCUGUUUAAUCCGGAAAGAUUCGAACCAAGCUUGUGGGAUUUAACUUAAAUGCGAGUUUAGUUAACUUCGUAUUUGUUCGAAACUGUUGUCAUCACGGUUUAGGCCGAGAGCAAUAUACAUACCCGAGUGGUGGAACAAAUUCUACAUGUCUCAAUGAAAAUUGUAUAAUUUG